CAAUAAGUGGUCUCCAUAUAACAGAGCGGAGCACAGGGACAAAUUCAAAAAGGAAAAAGAAUGCUGGAGGAUUAACCCUGUGAAGCCAAUACUAAAGAGUCCAAACCAUGUGUAAAGGAUUAGCUGCCCUUCCUCAGACAUGUCUGGAGAGGGCUAAAGGGAUCAAGACUAAGUUGGGAACUCUGCUCCAGAAGCCAGAGAAUGCCAUUGACCUCAUCAUCCCAUACCCUGAAAAGCCUGAGAAGAAACCUGAAAAGCUUCAGAAGCCAACUCCUGAAGAGGCUGCCCACUGGCGUGAGUCUCUGGACCGAGUCCUCUCCAACAGUUAUGGCCUUGCUACAUUCAGGAGCUUCCUGAUAUCUGAGUUCAGCGAGGAGAAUAUCGAGUUCUGGUUGGCAUGUGAGGAUUUUAAGAAGACUAAGUCUCCACUGAAAAUGACCACCAAGGCCAAGAAGAUUUAUGAAGACUUCAUUCAGACUGGUGGACACAAAGAGGUGAACAUUGACCAUUUCACCAAAGACGUGACUCUGAGGAACCUGGUUGACCUUUCACCGGCUACCUUUGACCUGGCUCAGAGCCGCAUCUACACCCUGAUGGAGAAGGAUUCCUUCGGCCGCUUCCUCAGAUCCGAGCAUUACCAAGAGCUCAUCAAGUAAAGGCAAUUAGCCAGUUGUAGGGGGACAAAAACUCAAAAGCAUUGUUGGUCGUUUGGAUUUGGCAAUAAUUUUAGAAAUCCAACAUAAAAAAAAAAAAACAAUUAUCAUUUUACUUAGAAUUUUGGGAGCCUUAAAAUCAACCAGACAAGAAAAGCUAUAUUGGAAUCUUCCAAAAUUCGUAAACCCAAAUUGUCUCUCUACAGUUUUGCCAAGAACCUUCUAAUGAUAAUUCUUAAUAAAAAAAAAAGCAAGACAUUGUUAGCCAUUCAAAUUGUACUCGUGUGUAAUGGCGACUUUUUUUUGAAGAACCGUUCGGUUUGUUUUGCAUAAACUGUUGGAACAGAAUUUUUCUAGCUCCCUGUCUACUAAAUAAAAUGGAAAAUCUUAGUCAGACUAAUUCCCGCUUGUAAUUCAUUAGACUAGACAAGUGGCUCAUGUUUUUGAAGAGGACAUCUUGGCCUCCGAGGUGCAAGAAAUAUCUGAGCGCAGUGUUCGUUUGUCUGCCGUGAAGUGAGAUACGGCUGGUGUGGGGACGGGAGCGAACGACGAGUGCUUUUUCUUGGAAACGUCCACAUUAAUGUUAACACUCGUGUAUAAAAGAGACGGGGAGGUGGGGGGAGGAUGGGUACACACUUAAGCCCUGAAUGCCUAUCAUCAUUCACAGUAAAAGAAGCGAGGGACGUGUUUAAAUGCACCGAGUCCCUGGGAAAACCAGAGACGAGGCUUGUUGUGGUGUGUACGUUGCUAAGAUGGGAAAAUCAAGUAGGAGUGGGUCUACCGUACAGCAUUAGAGAACUUUUUUUUUUUCAUACAGAGGAACAGCAUUCCCAAGGAAGUACAGUAUAAGGGAUAACCCCCCCCCCCCCCAAAAAAAAAAACCUCUUGAAUUAAGCAAAAUGCAGUGAUGGAUUUCUUUCAAAACAAUAUCUCUCAUUAUUAUUAUUAUUAUUAUUAUUAUUAUUAUUAUUAUUAUUAUUAUUAUUAUUAUUAUUCCAUGCUCUCGACAUGAGCGGCUAAUCUCACUUCUAGACAUGUUGCUUACCACCAAGUACCAAGUAUCAGAUUCAUGUUAUCUAUAUGUAUGAAAUGAUUUCCCUUAUUAAAUUUUGCAUGUGUGAAUCUCACCAUAUGCACAUACAAUAUAUUAUUGCAUGUUUCUUUUUUGUUUUUUUGCUAACCUUUUUAUUGUUCAUUAAAAUCACAUAAAGUAUAGUGCAUUAUAUGCAACAAUAGGUGGUCCAUAAGUCCUGAUUUUUAUGCCACAUAACAUGAAAUAUUAGGACACUGCAGGUCAGCUAAAAUAAAAAAAUAAAAUAAAAAUUAUUCUACAUUUUAAAAAGUUAAAAAAGUCUGUUCGUUUUGGAGUAUGAGUGCUGAAUAUUUGUCAGAUAAAAUCACAUCAAAUUAAAUUUAAAUGGCUACUAAGGACUUAUAGCUCACCUCUUUUUAAGCCAAAUACAUGUAUAUGUACUAAUGUAGCCACACAUAAAUUGUAUAAGUGCAUUAAAGUUAUGAACACA